AUGGCACAAUGUCAAAGGUUGUGGCAAGAAUUCGAUGAGGUUCAAAUGCAAAUAGAGACGCAUGAGGAUGUUAAUGGCGAGGACACAAACGUUGACGAACGUGCGGAGUUUGAAGAUAAAUAUUAUCAAGUGAUUGCAAAUGCAAACGGCAUUUUAGAAUUAAAUUUGACUAAUUCAAACUCAGCACAAUCCAUUCAACAGGUGGCUCCACACCAUAUUCCAGGUAUUAAAUUUCCGAAAAUAGAUCUACCUACUUUUACCGGUAAUUAUGAUGAAUACAUGAGUUUUCAUGACUCUUUCAAUGCCUUGAUAAAUGACAAUCCUACUUUAAGCGAUAUAGAGCGAUUUCAUUAUCUUCGCAGUUCUUUAAAGAAUGGGGCAGCUGAUGUGAUAUCUGGUCUUGAAACUACUUCUCCAAACUAUCACAUAGCAUGGAAGUUGCUCAAGGAUACAUAUCACAAUAAACGCCUCAUUAUACACAAUCACGUAAAGGCAACUUUUGAACUACAUCAGUUAAGCAGAGAGUCACAUGUCAGUCUAAGGCAAUUAUUAGAUAAUUUUAAUAAAAAUGUGAGAGCAUUAGAAUCAUUGCAAGAGCCUGUUGACAAAUGGGACACUCUACUUAUAUACUUAAUUUGCUCAAAGCUUGACAAUUCCACCAGAAGGGAGUGGGAGGUAGUCUCAGAACCCUUAACCAUUCCUACAACAAAGGAUUUUACCGAUUUUUUGCAUAAAAGGUGCAUUCUGUUGCAAACAAUAAAUUAUAAAAAACCGGAAAAUAAGUCACAAAGUCCAUCAAAUAUGUUAUCGUUCAAAAAUGCAAAAAAUUUUCAUCAUAAAGAGCAAUCUCAAAAUUAUUUUGCGAUGGCUGCGUGUGUCAUAUGUAAACAAACUCACAAAAUUACAAUUUGCGAUAAGUUUUUAAGUUUGUCUCCGAAGACGCGAUACGCUGAGGCUAAGAAACAUAAGUUAUGCGCAAAUUGCCUUGGUGCUGGUCACUCAUAUCAGACAUGCACAACCGAAAACCUUUGCAAUGUUUGGCAAUAA